AUGAAAUUAUAUUUUGAAGCAGAAAAAGUAUUAAAAUCUAAAAAUACUAAUAAUGGUAGUUUACAAUCACGAAUUUUUAAUGAUAAAUCUUUAAAAAAUGAUCCAAAACAUAUCUUUGCUUUAGUUUACUCAACAUUGAAAUAUAAACCAUAUAUUAAUGAAAUAAUUAAAAAAUCUAAAAUAAAAAAUGAUAAUAAAAAAAUCAAAAUUUCGAAUGAAUUAUUAUUAUUAUUAAUUCAUGAUUUGAAUUUUUCAUCUAAAGGUAGAAUUCAAAGUGGUAAACAUCCUAUUAAAGAUUUUAUAAUGUCUUACAAAACUAGAUUACAUUCAGAACUUAUUAAGUUAAAAUUACGAUAUAAAGUAAAAUCAAUUGAUCAGUUACCUACUCAUGAUUUGGAUGAUGAAACUCCAAUCCGUUGGUUUAGAAUAAACACAAUAAAAAUUACUCAAGAACAAUUUUAUAAAAAACAUGAAAAGUUUAUAAAUUCAUUUCAACCAGUAAUUUCAAUAGAGGAUUUAACUGAAAUAGGAAUGAUUUAUAAGGACGAUUAUAUACCGAAUCUUUUUGGUGUAUCACCUAAAGAUAAGAUCACAACAUCUGAGCCAUAUAAGUUGGGAGAAAUAAUAAUUCAAGAUCGUGCUUCAUGUUUCCCAGGUCACAUAUUAAAUGCAGAUCCAAAUGAUCAACAUGUCAAAGUUAUAGAUGCUUGUGCUGCUCCAGGUAAUAAAACAACUCAUUUGGGAUCUUAUAUAUCAACAAAGGAGGACGCAGUAAUUUAUGCAUUUGAAAGAGAUAAGAAAAGAGUUGAAAUAUUAAAGAAAAUGUCUGAAUUAGCAACUGGUAUAAAACAUAAACACUUGAUACAAGUUACAAAUGCUGAUUUCACAUCUAUUGAUCCAAAUGACUUUCCGGAUGUAACAGGUUUAGUUGUUGAUCCAUCAUGUAGUGGAUCUGGUAUAUUUGGUAGAGCAUUAGAAGAAGAAGAUAAACAAGAAGUCGAUGAACAAAGAUUAAAAAAAUUGGCUAGCUUUCAAGUAGCAAUUAUGAAACAUGCAUUAUCAUUUCCUAAUGCAAGAAAAGUAGUUUACUCAACUUGUUCAAUACAUGAGCAAGAAAAUGAAAGAGUAGUAAUUGAUUUAUUGAUUGAUGAUAAAGUUAAGGAACAAGGUUGGAAAUUGGCAGACAAAAAGUUUGUAAUUCCAGAAUGGAAAAGAAGAGGUAUUCCAGAGGAGUUUGCAACAAUUUCCAGGGAUGAAAAAUUUUGUCGACAAUUAGCAGAUGGUUGUGUACGAUCAAAGCCAAAAGAAGAUGGUGGUAUUGGUUUUUUCGCAGCAUGUUUCGUCAGAGAUGAUACUAUAAAUAGAGAAAAGAAUGAAACGAUGAAUAGUUCGUAA